UGCGGGCGUGGCGGGUUGCUUUGGACGCUGCUGAUGGGCCUCACAAAAAGGAGGAUCUUUUCGCUACACCUGUACCGUUUGCCGUCAUGAGUAGCGAAUUUCUGGCAGAGCUGCACUGGGAGGAUGGGUUUGCUAUCCCAGUUGCGAACAAGGAGAACAAGUUACUGGAAAAUCAGUUAUCAAAGCUGCAGGAUGAAAAGGCGUGCUUGCAAGAUCAGCUGCGUGACUAUGAAGAGCGAAUCAAUGCUUUGACUUCUCACCUCAAAAAUGUUAAGCAAGAGUUCUCAUUCACACAGUCUCUUUGCAAAGCAAGAGAACAUGAGAUCGAAAGUGAAGAGCAUUUUAAGAUCAUUGCUGAAAGAGAACUGAGUAGAAUGAAGUCUGAAAUCCAGCGGCUAGAAAGUGAGAUGGCUUCAGUGCGGGAGAAGAAAAGUGAUAAGGAAAAUAACAUAUUUAAAUUGACUCAUAAAUUGGAUGGUUUGAAAUGUCAAAUGAACUGGGACCAGCAAGCACUGGAGGCCUGGUUAGAAGAAUCCGCUCACAAAGACAGCGAUGCCCUCACUCUUCAGAAGUACGCACAACGAGAUGACAAUAAAAUUAGGGCACUGACUCUGCAGUUAGAGAAACUGACUUUGGAAGGUAAUCGAAGAAAAAAAUUACUUGACAACGAACUUACAGAGACUCUGAGUGCACAGUUAGAAUUGGAGAAAGCAGCCCAAGAUUUUCGUAAGAUUCAUAACGAAAGGCAAGAACUCAUUAAACAGUGGGAAAACACAAUAGAACAGAUGCAGAAGAGGGAUCAAGACAUUGAUGACUGUGCCUUGGCAUUAGCGAAGAUAAAGCAGGAAAUAAGAGAAAAAGAAAGUUUGGUUAAGGAAAAGAUCAAAUUUUUGGAAAGUGAGACUGGAAAUAAUGCAGAGUAUGAGAAAAGAAUUUCUGUUGCUGAUCGAAAAGUUUUGAAAUGUAGAAUGGAAUAUCAGCAUCAUGAAGCUAAUAGAAAUCAGCUGAAGGAUGAGCUGGAUUCUUUAAAAGCCACUGUAAAUAGAAGUGCCAGUGAUUUAGAAGCUCUGAGGAAAAAUACUUCCCAACUAAAGAAGGAUAUUCAUGAAGAAACAACAAGGUUACACAAAAUUAAAAAUUAUAAUGAGAUUGCCAAAAAAAAAUUAAAGGAGAUAACUGAGAAAACUAUGUCAGCAGAAGAGAAAGCUACCAGUUUGGAAGACAUACUAAAGGAGGAAGACAAAAGUGUCAAGGAAGUGGGAGUUCAAUUGAACUUAGUGAAAGACGUGCUAUUUAAGAAAGUUCAAGAAUUACAAACUGAGGCAACAAAAGAAAGAGCUGUCAUAUCAGAAAUUGAAGGAACCCGUAACUCUCUAAAGAACCUCAACCGUCAGUUACAUAAACUGGAUUUCGAAACCUUGAAGCAGCAAGAAAUUAUGUACAGUCAGGAUUUUCACAUUCAACAAGUGGAACGCCGAAUGUCACGGUUAAAGGGAGAAAUUAAUUCAGAAGAAAAACAAGCUCUUGAAGCAAAAAUUGUUGAGCUUAAAAAGAUGUUGGAAGAGAAAAAAUCUACAUUUGGCCUUUUGGAAACACAGAUCAAGAAGCUUCAUAAUGAUCUUUACUUUAUCAAGAAGUCAAACAGUAAAAACGGUGAUGAAAAACAGUCUCUCAUGAACAAAAUGAAUGAACUAAAUCUUUUCAAUGAUAGAUCUGAAAAAGAACUCAAUAAAGUUAGAGCUUCUAAACAGGAUUUAAUGAUAGAAGACAAUCUUUUAAAACUUCAAGUUAAACGUACUCGUGAAAUGCUUCAUAGUAAAGCAGAAGAAGUUCUUUCUCUGGAAAAAAGAAAACAGCAAUUACACACAGCAAUGGAGGAACGAACUGAAGAAAUUAAGGUUCACAAAACAAUGCUUACAUCACAAAUAAGAUUUGCUGAUCAAGAACGGCAAAACAUAAGUGCUGAGUUUCAUGAGCGGCUAAGUAAAAUUGAUAAACUGAAGAAUAGAUAUGAAAUUCUUACUGUUGUUAUGCUGCCCCCUGAAGGAGAAGAGGAGAACACACAGACCUAUUAUGUGAUAAAGGCUGCUCAAGAAAAAGAAGAACUUCAAAGGGAAGGUGACAGUUUGGAUGCUAAGAUCAACAAGGCUGAAAAAGAAAUCUAUGCUCUAGAAAACACCUUGCAAGUGUUGAACAGUUGCAACAACAACUACAAACAAUCUUUUAAAAAAGUGACUCCAUCUAGUGAUGAGUAUGAACUAAAAAUCCAACUAGAAGAACAGAAAAGAGCUGCUGAUGAAAAGUACAGAUACAAACAAAGACAACUCAGAGAGCUACAGGAAGACAUCCAGACCAUGGAAAAUACUUCAGAAGUUGUAGGACAGUUAACAAAUAAUGUCAAAGAAAAAUUAUUAGAGAAGCAGGCUCAUUCACUUCAACUGAAUAAAGAAAUUGAGGAUCAGAAGCCAAAGUUAGAGAGAGUAACUAAACAGUGUGCAAAACUCACCAAGGAAAUCCGUCUUUUGAAAGACACAAAAGAUGAAACACUAGAAGAAGAAGACAUCAACCUUCGUGAACUGAAAGAGUUUCACAAGACCAUUGAUGGAAUGUUGGUUAAUGUCACAGAAAAUGCUGAGAUCUAUAUUAUCCUUCAUACAUACUUUCAACAGAAUGGUUUAGAACUACCUACGGCUAGUACUAAAGGCAGUCGUCAGAGUUCUAGAUCAUCUUCACAGACUUCACUGUCAUCAGCAAGUUCCUCUAGGAGUACAAGUACUUCUGCUUCUCAGACUUCAAUUAAAGUCUUAGAGCUGAGCUUCCCAGCCUCCUCUUCACUAACUGGCAGCCCUUCGAGGCCAACUAGUGCUAGCAGCAGGUCCAGCAAUGGUAAAAGCAAAAAGGGCAGCGAGUAAACAUUUUAAUCUUUAUUGAACAAACUAUAAACACAAAAAACAACAAUUUCACUUUUAAAAUAGAAAAUUCCACUCUAUGCUUUUGGGUGUGGUAUAAUAAUAUAGAGUCUUGCUGAAAUAGUGUUAGAAAAUGAGAUGACAAGUUUUACCAGUAGAAACUAGUAGUUGAAGAAGAAAUGUUUAGCCAAAGAAAUGUUUAAUUUUCUUACCAUUUUUCCUACUACCUUCUUCACAUGGAAGGAAAGCAGUAAUAGCUAGUUUUAAUAAGACUACAUGUCAUACAAGCACAGGGAAAAUGGUGUUUUUUCCUGUCAUUUUGGUCUUUUAUGCUAGAAAAUACUUCACUUCUUCAUUAUUUCAGGCUAGCCAUACAACUACAUUCACUUAGAAUCUUUCGGGUGGAAAUCCUUAAAGAUUCAUAGAGUUUAUACCACUACUAAAAUUCUCAUUUACCCUAGAAGAUCCUGAAAUUAAGUUUUCUUUAUUCAAAGAAAUAUACUUCACAGACUUGUGGCGAAGAAAUCUGUUAGUUUCUUCUUUGGUAUAUUUUAACAAUUUUUAGGCAAAAAAUAGCAUUACCUCUCACCUUUCCACCAAGAAAACAAGUGAUAGGAAAGAGAUGUGAUAUGCAUCAAUAAAAAAAAGUCUUUAGGAAUCAAAAACAUUAAAAAUUUUGCUAUCAAAAUACAACCAACCAAACAUAAAGAAUAAAAAUGUAUUUUCAAAAAUUUCUCAAUUUAAUAAAUACAAAGAAAACUAGUAUGAUUUGAUUUGCAACAGGAAUUCUGUAAGUUUUUAGAGAGGUAGACCAAUGGAUAUAGAAUUAGUUAUUCUAGUUAAUACUUCAUAACAAGUCCCCAACACUGAACUCUUGUAAUA